AUGGCGCGAGAACGAUAUGUGAGCAAGGUCGUAGAGCCAGAGCCUGAGCCACCGGAAGAGGAAGUCGAAGAAUACAACGAGAACGAAGACGAGGACUUUGCGCCUGAAGAAGCCGACGACGACGAGAACGUUUCGUCGUCUUCCGAAGAUGAAGAAAAUACGGCGGCAACCAAGCCUGCUCCGAAGAAAAGCGGAAAGCGAAAGACGGCGGACGUAGAUGGAGACUUGGAUUCCGGUGACGAGGCAACAAUCAAGGAGAGGAAGCGCAAGAAGCGAAGAAAGGACGCAGGCGCAAACGAUGAAGACUCGGGCGGCGAGGGCGGUCUCGUUCGAACGAGGGCGCAAAGAGUAGUAGAGAAGGAAGAACGCAAGAAUCGCAAGCGUGCACGAGAUGGCGAAGUCACAAUCGAUGUGAAUGCACUAUGGGCAGACCUCAGCAGCAUGCCCAUAGGUCGGACAACGAUCACUCCACCCAAACCCGAGGACGAUGCGAUGGACAUCGACGACGAGGAGAACAACAAGGAGAAUGCCCCAAUAUCGUCAGAAGAUAUGAUCACCAUAAAACGCCGCAUCGAAUACGCCGGCGAAGUCACCAUCGUCACAGACACAGUCCCCCGCUCCUCGAAAGAAGCGAAACAAUACCUCGCCGAACACCCCGAACUCGACCCCUCAAAUCCUACACCCGCAGACUCAACAGGUCUACUGAAGCCGCUGAAACGUCCCUCCAUGUUCGAGCCGAAUCCGAUAGGACUGGUCAAAGGUGUUGCGCCGGAGAAGUUACGGCUCAAAGCUCCUACGAGAUUGGAUGUGCUUAUGGCGGAAAAGAGGGCGGAGGAGAAGAAGAAGAAGGCGCAGAAGAUGAGUACGGUGCAAAAGAGUCAGUUGGAUUGGAAGGGAUUCGUGGAUCAGGAGGGUUUGAGGGACGAGUUGGACGAGUAUGGGAAGAGUCGGAGGGGUUUCUUGGCGAGGGAGGCGUUCUUGGAUCGUGCAGCUGGUGCGAGGGAGCAGGCUGCGAGGGAUGCGAGGUUGAAGCUGUAG